CGGGCCUUGGAGUUUCCGCGGCCGGCAGAGGGUAGGGGCCGGCACGGGGAACGAGUUUGCCCGCACCUCUGCGGCGCGGUGAGCUCGCCGACAGCAGCGGGCCGGGUCGUGCGGGCUGCGAGGUAGCCGGGCGAGCCCAUGGCGGGCGGGGGAGCCCGGGACCCGGGCCGGGGGGCGGCUGCCGCCGCCGUGCCCGAGACCCGCGAGCACCUCUUCAAGGUGCUUGUCAUCGGCGAGCUCGGCGUGGGCAAGACCAGCAUCAUCAAGCGCUACGUCCACCAGCUCUUCUCCCAGCACUAUCGGGCCACCAUCGGGGUGGACUUCGCCCUCAAGGUCCUCAACUGGGACAGCAGGACGCUGGUGCGGCUGCAGCUGUGGGACAUCGCGGGACAGGAGCGGUUUGGCAACAUGACUCGAGUAUAUUAUAAAGAAGCUGUUGGUGCUUUUGUAGUCUUUGAUCUAUCAAGAAGUUCCACAUUUGAGGCAGUCUUAAAAUGGAAAAAUGAUCUGGACAGUAAGGUCCAUCUCCCGAAUGGCAGCCCUAUUCCUGCUGUCCUCCUAGCUAACAAAUGUGACCAGAAAAAGGAUAGCGGCCAGAACCCUCCCCAGAUGGACCAGUUCUGCAAAGAACAUGGCUUCAGUGGAUGGUUUGAAACCUCUGCAAAGGAUAACAUAAACAUAGACGAAGCAGCCCGAUUCCUGGUAGAGAAUAUUCUUGUGAACCACCAAAGCUUUCCUAAUGAAGAAAACGAUGUGGACAAAAUUAAACUGGAUCAGGACCCCUUGACAGGAGAGAGCAAAUCCCAGUGUUGCUAACACGGCUCCUGCUCCUCUCAUGCCAAGUGCAGCCUGACUGGGUUCUGCGCGCAUUCCUGAGAACAGAUUACAGAUGACAUGCUGCAUUGUGAAUCUUCAUACAGAUGGCGCUUUGAAGUGACAGCACCCUAGGAGCCUGUGCUUAUUUAAACAUGGGACUUUCAGUGAAGUAUUCCUCCUAGUGGCUCUACAGCUGAACAGAUGAACAGUUAGGCUGUGGUGGUGGUUGUUUGCCAUUGCAUUGAGAAUAAUGUUUACAUUAUUUUUAACAUCUUUUUAAAUGAUAGUUCGUCUGGAUUUGGUUAGACUUCCGAGUUGUAGCCUUUAGUGUAAGCGCUAGGGGUGGUAAUAAAACUUUACUUGCUGUCUUCUGGUAAUUUUGUGAGUCUGUAUUACUGUCUCCAUGUUCCACCCUUACUCUCAGUAGAGUGACUUGAGCUUUGUUAACACUCCAUUAGCCACAGAAGGCUUGAUGUUCCUCCUUAGCAAUUUUUUUUUUCUAUUCAGAACUUUGGUACUUCAUGUAAAAUUGUUACCCUUAAAUAUUAUAAUUUAACUAGUUCUAGCUAGAUAUGGGUGUCACUUUCUGGAUCUGGUUGUUAUCACUUGGGAACAAUACAGAGUAACAUUUUUCUUCUCUCUCCCUGGUCCCAUCUCUCUCCUUCCUGUGUGUUUAUGCUGUAACUAAUAUGACUGUUACAAUUAUCUCUAACUAGAGCUGGUUUUUUUUUUUUUUUAAUCUGUAAUAGUAGUGGUCAAGGAGAGAAUUUAUUUCAAAGCAUAUACUAUUAAAUUUGAGAUUCUGUAUUAUGAAAUCUAAAACUAGCUCGUGUAUGGUUUUCUGUAAGGUUUUUGGACAUUUAAUGUAUAAUACCUGAGGAACUUAAAGCAGACUCACGAUAUUUGUAUAACCAUUUGACUUAGGCUGGGUUCUCUAGAGAAGCAAAACUAGUGAAACAGAAAAAAAUGAAACCCAUUGCUGUCAAGUCAAAUC